AUGGCCAAACUUCGAGUUGGAUUCAUUGGAUAUGGGCAUUUAGGAAAAUUUCUUGUGGAGAAACUUCGAGAACUUCCGGAUGAGUUUGAAGUUAUGAGAAUAUGGAAUCGAAGUGUUGGAGAGCCAGGAGUUCAAGGGUUGGAGACAUUAAACGCUGAGAACUUGAACGACAUUGAUCUCGUUGUUGAAGUUGCGCAUCCCAAAAUAAUAGCAGAUUAUGGAGAAAUGAUUCUGGAACACUGUGACCUGUUUGCUGGUUCUCCAACUUGUUUUGCCAAUCAAGAACUUCUGGAGAAACUGAGAAAUUUGUCUUUGAUGCAUGCAAGAAGGCUUUUGGUACCAUCCGGAGCCCUUUGGGGGGCAAAUGAUAUUCAGAAAAUGGCAGAUAUUGGAAGUUUGAAAGGGCUAACAGUGACAAUGAUCAAACAUCCUACUUCAUUCAAGUUGGGAUCUCCACUUUUUGAAAUAAAUGAGCAAGCGAAAUUGAAAGAAAUUGAAGAAACUGUUCUUUAUGAAGGAUCAGUUCGUGGACUAUGUCCAUUGGCACCAAAUAACGUGAAUACAAUGGCUGGUGGAGCUCUUGCGGCACAUAAUUUGGGAUUUGACAAAGUAAAAGCCAAGUUGAUUUCUGAUCCAAAAAUGACUGAUUGGCAUGUGGUGGAAGUACGUGUUGAGGGAGAUGAUGGAUUUGAAGUAAUCACGAGAAGAAACAAUCCUGCGAAACCAGGAGCUGUGACUGGACAACUCACUUACUAUUCAUUCUUAUCGUCAAUCAAAGAAUCUAAAUAUAAACCUUCUGGUAUUCAAUUAUGUUAA